AUGUCUGGCAUCCUGGAAGCCUCUACGGUUGCCAGCACAUCUAGUGCAUCUGUUUUACACCAUAUAGAACCUACAAGUCUACCAGAAGCUUCAUCAUUAUCGUCGUUGCCCCUCCAACUCCUCACAACCCCCCUGCGCGCCUUCCAACACGCCGAGACCUUUGCCCUCCGGACAGUCCCUCAGACACUCGCCAGAAUUCCAGGUAUGAGUGCCUUAGGCUUGGGUUUGUGGAGCGGAGCAGAUUCGACUGCCGGAGCUGGGGAUGCGGUGGCAGCGGCAACCAACGCGGCCGCGAAUAUGGCAGGAGAUGGGGCUGCCGGAGGAGUAGGCCAAGAUGGUGGCUACUACAUUGCUGAGUUCUUGAGUGCGAUCAAGAAAGUUGGCGGCUUCUUUGGGUACCUGACCAGUCUGUGGUCAUUCGCGUGUUUGGUGGAGGCACUUAUUCUCAACCGCAUCACAAUCUAUGCGUCGACUCGGCGCCAUCUUCGACUGGGCUGGGAAAGACGCCUGGCUCUCCGAUUGAUUCCUAUCCUUCUUUUUGUGUUCCAAAUUAUGAGUCUGCUUCGCGGAAUCAGAUGCCAGACAUCGCCUGACUUUUCGACUUUUCGAUAUGGCAAGCCCGGGAAGCAACUCAUAUUUGACUAUUCCAGCGAUGGGGGUGCUCUUUAUUCGAUGAGUUCCAAGCUUCUGGGAUGGGAGUCCGUGGAACGAUCCUGCAGCGCGGUGAAGAUGGGUCGCACAGGCACCUCGUCGCCGAUUCCAUACGGUUCCUUUUCUUUGCUGUGGCCGACCUUUUUGCUUCUUUGCGGGAGCCAUUUUGCCGAGACUCUGUCAUGCGCAUUGCAAGGAAAGCCUGUUAUGACUGAGACAGGAAUGUCCAUCUUUGAGCAUUCACUUGCAUUUGCUGAAGCCGAGUCGAUGAUCAGCAAAUCGAUUGGACUGGGCAUGUUUGGUCUUCCAAAGCAAAAUCCCCUCAGUACAAGCUCAACUGGUGAAGCAUCAGCCUCGGUUCUUCAAAUGCUUACCAGGUCACAAGUCUUAGAGCGCAUGAAUGUGACGCCUGAACUAUUACUCAUUGCACUGAUCUCGUGUUGCAACAGUCUUACAUCCCAUCUUUUAGACGUUGUCGGAAAACAGAGCAGAUAUCGAUUAUUAAAUACUGCCUUUUGGGGAGCAUGCUUCAUGGCAGCCAUGCUAUGGGGCUUGGAGGGCGGUCCGCCCGUUAGCAUUGAAACUGGAGUCCUCAAGUUUCCAACAGUAUGCAUCGUCGGAUUUAUUCCCCACAUCCUUGUACUGUUUGGAAUCGUUGUUUGCGUGACGAUUUAUGGAAUCGCUCUCACCAUCACUGCUUUCUCGAUGCAUUCAGAGGACGAACAACCUGUCACACUUCGUGAGCGGUUCAUGUUAGCUCAUGAGAAUAUGCAAGGAUCCAACCAGAUUCGCAGCAUUCGCAUUAAUAGACACGAGGAUUUCUAUACGACGUUACUCAGGAUCGGCUAUGUCGCUCUCACUGCUGCUAGCGAAGCUGUCUUCUUGAACGAAGGCAAAGCAGUCAUUGCGCGACGCAUGACAUGGCUGGAAGAGGACCGACUCGCAGAGAUCGACGCUUCGCGAAAGAAGUCCUCCUCUCAUGAGCAUUGGCAGAGUGAAUCAAACACUCGUCCAAUCGAGGCUUUGGGCUUUGCAAGCUUUGACAUUCCCCACGAGCCUCCCAUUUGGGAGACUGGCUACGGCCGCGAAAAGAAGAUCGAGAAGCAAAAGAAUGGCAAUCGCGCCGUUCGUUCUCAGGCCGAGCUUGGCGGAGUUGGGGCGGUGCGCGUGUCCAUCCGCCUGUGGCAUGUUGCCUCGUUCUUCCGUGCUAUUGCGUUACUUAUUCUUCGUUGGGUUGGAUUCGGAUUGAACGCAGUGCUUGAUCGACUAGGACUCACUGCACGUCCAAUGUGGCUGAAACGUCUGAUUGGACACCGUCCACAAGCGAGUGAGACGGAGCAGCCAGGUGAAUCUCGUACUCUGGAUUUUUGGAUCCUCUCAGAAGAUGGAGAAAUCAAACUUCCCGAGAACGGUGACUUCGAUGUUGAGCUGGAGAUGAGGAAGCGAGAGCGGACAAAUCGAAUCGAGCGAUUGGGAUUGGAUGAAGGCUGGUUAGAUGACAGGUUGUACGGCUGGUGGAGAUCCGGCGGCGCCUGGGGCAACCAAGACCACAGCUCAGACUACCAGCCGGCCGCUGACGAUGAUUUUGAUACCACUAGUAUGGUUUCUAUGUCCACCAAUGCUUCCGAAUCGGAAUGGGAGGACUACCCAUCCGACGACGGCCGCCGCACUCCGACCCAACGUGAGCCAUACGCAGAUAAGGCACACCCCGCCCCGCUUCACGACCCUCUUCUUGACAUGAGCACUCUCGCACGCCUUCUCGACCCUCGUGACCGUGAAAGCAGAGAAGAAGCUCGCAUCCUAGCCGCACAUCUCAAACCUAGUCAGGACAGUCCCCGGAUUAUGACUCGCAGUCGCUAUCAGAAAGAAAUUGAACGGGAGAAAUCCAAGAUCAUCUUCUCGUCUCGUCUGCACCAAUUGAACGCCAUGGAAUCAGGCCCGAGUGGGCGUAGACCCACCGCGGACGAGGAAUCCGAAAUCCUGGAGAAGCUCAUUCUCUCCCGUCGAGCGGAGAUCUCACCUCAUGCCGGUGCUUCGUCUUGGGAGUCCGGCGCAACGGGUCUUGGUCCUAAUGGACCGCCGUGUGUGGUUUGUCAGACUAGCCCUCGAGCUAUCAUCACCUGGCCCUGUCGCUGUCUCUGCAUUUGUGAAGAUUGUCGUGUCAGCCUUGCAAUGAAUAACUUUGGCAGCUGUGUGACCUGCCGUCAGGAAGUUGGGGGAUUCAUGCGUUUAUGGGUCCCGUGA